CCCGCGCGCGCUGCCAUGCUGCCCGCCUCCCCGCCGCGCCGCCACGCGCCCGCCGCGCCCUGCCCGCGCCGCGCGCUGCCCAUCUUCCAGGCGCGGGGGCGGCUGCUGGGGCAGCUCCGCGGCCUGGACUGCGCCAUCCUGAUCGGAGAAACAGGCUCAGGGAAGACCACUCAGGUCCCUCAGUACCUCUACGAAGCAGGCAUCGGCCGCCAAGGCAUCAUUGCUGUGACCCAGCCCCGCAGGGUAGCAGCUAUAGCCUUAGCCACCAGAGUCUCCAGUGAGAGGACAACAGAGCUGGGGAGACUGGUGGGCUACUCGGUGCGCUUCGAGGAGCUGAGCUGCGAGCAGACGCGCAUCAAGUUCCUGACGGACGGGAUGCUGCUGCGCGAGGCCAUCGCCGACCCCACGCUGCGCUGCUACAGCGUGGUGAUCCUGGACGAGGCCCACGAGAGGACCAUCCACACCGACGUGCUGCUGGGGGUGGUGAAGGCUGCGCAGAAGGCGCGGAGGCAGCAGGGCAGAGCGCCGCUGAAGGUGAUCAUCAUGUCAGCCACGAUGGAUGUGGACCAGUUCUCCCAGUACUUCAAUGGAGCUCCUGUGCUCUACUUGGAAGGCAGGCAGCAUCCCAUUCAGAUCUUCAACACCAAACAGCCUCAGAGUGACUACCUCCAGGCAGCACUGGUGUCAGUCUUCCAGAUCCACCAGGAAGCUCCCUCUUCUCAGGACAUCCUGGUGUUCCUGACUGGUCAGGAAGAAAUCGAAGCAAUGACCAAAACGUGCCGGGACAUCGGCAGGCAGCUGCCGGCGGGCUGCCCGCGGGUGCUGGUGAUGCCUCUCUAUGCCUCCCUGCCCUACUCCCAGCAGCUCCGUGUCUUCCAGCCUGCCCCCAAGGGCUGUCGCAAGGUGAUCCUCUCCACCAACAUCGCAGAGACCUCCAUCACCAUUCCAGGCAUCAAGUUUGUGGUGGACACAGGCAUGGUCAAAGCCAAGAAGUACAGCCCUGACACAGGCCUGGAGGUGCUGGCGCUGCAGCGCGUGUCCCAGGCGCAGGCCUGGCAGCGCGCGGGGCGGGCAGGGCGCGAGGCCAGCGGCGUCUGCUACCGCCUCUACACCCAGGAGGAGUUUGACAAGUUGGACAGGAUGACAGUGCCUGAGAUACAGAGGUGUAACCUGGCCAGUGUGGUGCUGCAUCUCCUGGCCCUGAGAGUGCCCAAUGUGCUCACUUUUGACUUCAUGUCCAAACCAUCUCCUGAGGCAAUUCAAGCAGCGAUUGAGCAGCUGGACCUGCUGGGAGCUGUGGAGCGGAAGGAAGAUCAGAUUGUGCUGACCCCCCUGGGGAGGAGGAUGGCAGCCUUCCCUCUGGAGCCAAAGUUCUCAAAAACAAUCCUCCUGUCCCCCAAGUUUCACUGCACAGAGGAGAUCCUGACCAUCGUGUCGCUGCUGUCGGUGGACAGUGUCCUCUACAGCCCCCCUGCCCGCCGGGAGGAGGUGCAGGCCAUCAGGAGGAAGUUCAUCUCCAGUGAGGGAGACCACCUGACCCUGCUCAGCAUCUACAGGGCCUUCAAGAACGUCAGUGGCAACAAGGACUGGUGCAAAGAGAACUUUGUCAACAGCAGGAACAUGAUGCUCGUGUCAGACAUCAGAGCUCAGCUCAGGGACAUCUGUGUGAAGCUGUCGCUGCCCAUCGAGUCCUCGCGCUCGGACAGCACCAACAUCCGCCGCUGCCUGGCCCACAGCCUCUUCAUGAAUGCCGCUGAGCUGCAGCCCGACGGCACCUACAGCACCCUGGACUCUCACCAGCUGGUGGCCAUCCACCCCUCCUCUGUGCUCUUCCAGUGCAAACCAGCCUGUGUGGUCUACAACACGCUGCUGCACACCACCAAGUGCUACAUGCGGGACCUGUGCGUGGUGGACGCCGACUGGCUCUACGAGGCCGCGCCUGACUACUUCCGCAGGAAGCUGCGGACGGCCAGGGACUGACCAAGGACUGAGCAGGGUUUUGGGCUCACCCUGAAGGACUGGGCUGUGUUUUGUGGUGAACGCACAGGAGCAGCAGAGCUUUGCCUUGCCAGUGAGAAGCACAGAGGGAAAUGGCUUCUCCAUGAGAGCCACACCUGGGAAGCCUGCCUGGCUGAGGACAGGGAUGGUUCUUAACAGUUAGU